UAAUGGGUGAUCACGUGCUUCUACCAAACAGCUGAUUGUGACCUCACACACCAACAUGGCGGACUGGAAUAGAGGUCAUGGCUCUGUGGAUGACAUGCUGGAUGCUGAAAACAAACGCCUGGCUGAGAACCUGGCCACCAAAGUCUCCAGAUUGAAAUCUCUUGCUUAUGAUAUCGACAGAGAAGCUGAGGAUCAGAACGACUACCUUGACACUAUGGACUCCAACUUCCUGAGUGCAACAGGCCUGUUAAGUGGCAGCGUGAAGCGUUUCUCCACCAUGGUCCGAUCCGGGAGAGACAACCGCCGAAUCCUCUGUUAUGUCUCUAUGGGCCUGGUCGUAGUCUUCUUCAUAUUUUACUACCUGAUCUCUAGGAUCCAACGCUGAUGUGGAAAAAAAAUAUCUAAACUGAUGAUGUUGACUGUGGUGCCGUAUCUGCUGGGUUCUAAUAAGCUCUGGGAUUCUCACACAAAGGAGAAGACUUUGUACUCUACACCAAAGCGAGACAACCAACAGCAAGCAGCAGGGGAUGUUGACUUGCCUACCGGGGGAACUAUAGUGGGAGUGGUCAUACAAAGACCUAGAAGUCUAAAAAAAAAAAGAAAAAGAAAAAAUAAUAUGUCUUGAUUUUCGUGUCCUCUGCUUGGCACCAGUUUUGUCCCAUCGUGCAGUAGCCAGGAAGUCCAGAGUGUGGAGCCUGAAUGCAAAUCCAGUGGGAGUAGGCAGCUGAGUGCAGUAGAUUUAUGAACCUGUCAGUAAAGACAAACUUACCCAAAAUAUAUAUCAUUACAAAGAAGCAUUUGCUACUUGAUUGUCUGUUUACACUGCAAAGCUGUGUUCUUUGUGUUGAUCCUUGUUAUUGACUCAUACAGUUAAGGACAGAGGAAGAGAAGGAAUGACUGGUGGAAGAGCAAAAAAAGGUUGAGGGAAAAGUUUUCUAACUUUUGACAAAAUUUUUGUUGUAAUGUAAAAAAAAAAAAAGGUUUAGUUAAGGCCUUUUAUCCUAAAAUUUAUAGGCUCAAAGAAAAUGAAUCCCUCAAUAAUUUUGUUGUGUUAGGCCAUUACCUUUGAGACAUUUUAUUUGUGCUUAAGAAUGUGUUGUCAUUGAAAAAAAAUCUUCCAGAUUCACUGUUUUUGUCUCGUUGACGCCUCUCCCUCUCUUCAUUCACUUUCUAGUUGUAUCACCUUUCUCUUGUUCAUUCAGCAUAGAAGGAGGGGUGAAGUUUGAAUGUGGUAUUUUCAGUCAACAAAUAGCACAGAGUACAUACAAUCAUCAGUGUAAUUCCAUGUUACAUUGCUGCCAAAGCUGACAAGCUUUUUUUAAAUAUCAAAUUAAAACUGCAAAAAUGUUAACUGCAUAUAAUAGCUACUGCCUGUCAAGCUAUAUUUUCAUAUAAGUUUAUAAAAACUUUCAAAAUUACUGUUUUUAGUUUUGUUAAUUUAGAUUACUGAGCUGUUUUUGUUCACUGUCUGUUGGCACUUCAGGAUUUUUUCUUCUAACAAUUAAUAUUAAAUGUUGGGACCUGUCCUCUCCUGUUUUAUAAUUUUCUGUUUAUUAUAUUUUUAUUUUUUUAUUCAAUAUUUAGCCACUGAAAGACAGUUGGAGAUUAAAGAGUGUUAAAACUGUUCCCUUCCUUGGUGUGUUGACAUUCCAGCAGAAUGCUAAUCACUGAUAGCACGAUGGACCCUGAAUAUUGGUACUAAUAUUAAUAUUAUUAAUGUGCAAUAAAGGCUUGUAGUUGGGGAA